UUUUAACUGUCAAGUUUUUCGCUAAAGAAGCAUUUUGACAACAUUUUUAUUCAUUCGAUAUUCUUUUCUAAAUACCUGGGUUUUUUGUAUAUAUGCAAAUUUGAAUUGCCGUCGACAUUGAACUUGCUGAUACCUGCAGACCCACUGGGUAGUAACCUGCUCCUCCAUAAAUCUGAACCAGAACAAACAGUCGGCAUGUACGCUCACAAACGCAAGAGACUGGGAGAAAGAUGCCUUUAUUGGGACUUAUUUGUCUUCGUCUUGUAGUGGCUGGCAUGUGUAAUCCAUACAAGUGUACAUGCAUCAUAACCACGAUGACUCAACGUUUCCUGCAAAGUCUCGCGUUAACCCUAGUGCUUUGUUUCUGACACCAGCUCCUAGGACUCGACUAAACAAUGGAGACUCAAGAGGGAACACCUAGAGACCGUUGGCAUUUUGUAGGAAUUAUUUUCUUUAUCCUUGGACUGGGGACACUGCUGCCAUGGAAUUUUUUCAUGACUGCUUCAUUGUACUUCAAUAACAGGCUGAACACGUCUGAAUGGAGCAAUGGCACAAUAACGUCCACAAAGGAAUAUUAUUUCAACAACUGGAUGACUCUGCUUUCCCAGCUGCCCGUGCUGCUCUUCACCCUUCUCAACUCCAUCCUCUACCCACGGAUCUCCGAGAAGAUCCGGAUAGCAGGUAGCCAGGUCUUCAUCCUCAUCAUCUUCAUCCUCACCGCCAUCCUGGUCAAGGUUCCAAUGGUGCAGGACCGCUUCUUCUCAAUCACCAUGGCAACCAUCUGGUUCAUAAAUUCAUUUGGCGCAGUGCUGCAGGGGAGCCUUUUCGGCCUGGUAGGCUUGCUACCACAGAAAUACAGCACAUUAUUCAUGAGCGGACAAGGUCUGGCCGGGGCGUUCGCCGCUCUCGCCAUGCUGAUGGCAAUCACAAGUGACACAAAUGCUGAAACUGCAGCUCUUGGAUAUUUCAUCACUCCGUGUGUGGGGACUCUGGUAACACUGAUCAGCUACCUGCUGCUGCCCAAACUGGAGUUUGCCAGAUUUUACCUCAGCAAGAGCAAAGGUCAAAGCUAUGAAGUUGAUGCUUCCAGGGAGCUUCUACCUAAAGGCGUACAGGAGAAUGGGGAACCUAACAGUCAGGCCACUGAUUCGGUGCCCAAUGGAUCUCCCUGCAGUCCGGAGAGUGACGUUGCCAGGCAAGCAUUUGUUAGCGUUGACGCUGAGCAUGACAAGCAAGUAAAGAGCUCCAUGUUGGAAGUGUUAAAAAAGAUUUGGGUGAUGGCGUUCUGCAUAACAUUCGUGGUCAUGGUCACACUCGCUGUCUUCCCCGCCGUCACAGUGGACGUGAAGACCGUUUACGAGGGAAAGUGGGAAAAUUAUUUUAUCCCUGUGUGCUGUUUCCUGCUCUUUAAUGUGAUGGACUGGAUUGGAAGAUCCAUCACGUCUCAUGUGCGAUGGCCCUCUAAAGAGAGUCGGUUGUUUCCAGCGCUAGUGGUCUUCCGUGUGAUCUUCAUUCCUCUGCUGAUGUUCUGUAAUGUUCAGGAACGUCACUUCAUGCCUGUGCUCUUUGGCAACGACUGGUCCUUUGCUAUCAUCAUGGUUUUCUUCUCCGUGUCCAGCGGUUAUUGCGUCUGCCUGUCUAUGUCUUACGCACCACAGUUGGUGGCUCCACAAGAUGGAGAGACAACAGGAGCUCUGAUGAUGUUCUUCCUGGCACUGGGACUUUCUUUGGGAGCUGGUCUGUCUUUUUUGCUGCGAUUAAUCAUCUAGUCUAAUCCGCACACAUUUGAGGUGGCCAGGCCUGAUUUACGCGAUUGCUUCCUGUUGGAUCCUUCACCCACACCAUCUGAGAGGUGUGCUCCGUUACCAGGAAGCACUCGGGACAAAACGGGCUAAUCACUUUAUGCAGAAUAUUUUAGCAUUAUUUGUAAAAUAAUUUAGCGGAAGGACUGGAAGAAGAAGAAGAAAACUGGAUGUUGGCAAUUUUUAUUGGUCAUUUACUGCAGUUUGUUUUAUUUUCCAAAAGGGAAAGGGUCUUUGACAAUGACUGAACAAAAGGGAGUAGACACAGCAUAUUCUUGAAAAUAACCCUCAAUUCACUUUAUACCAAAUACUGCUAGCGUAGUUAAAUGAAAUUGAUUGGCUCCUGAGUGGCAUAACAAAAAAGUGUUGGUGUUCCUCUCUCCUAUCAAAUUGUUGGUCUCUGCAGAAGAGGGUAGAUAGUGCCUUCCUUUGAGUGAGUUCAGGUGUCCUGUAACAUGGAAUGAGCUGCAUUCUGGUGGCUAGAUUCAUGCGACCGUGAGGAAGCAAGUGCUAGCAUUCAUCAUCCCUAGUUGUUAGCGGUUACAUAACAGGCAGGAAAAUUGGCAGGGAUGAAUAAAAACCCCAAUAUAAUUGAUAUACAAUUUUUGCACAGCGAUACCAGAGACACCUGAAAACUACUCUUUUUCCAUUUUAUUUAUUUUUCAGCUGAAGCAACAGUGGGUGGGUCGAUGGAUGAAUGGAUGGGAGAAAGAAAGGGAAUCGGCAUGGAUGGAUUUUUUUUUUUUGAAGGAUUGAUUUCAUAAUUUUUACAUUUAAAGAUUUUGACUGCAGGACGUUUUAAAUAAUAUUGAUUUAAAAGGCUCUAGAGUCUUCUAGAACUGACACAACAGCCAUGUACCUCCUUGUUAUGACCAGAGAUUUCCGUUUGUAUGCUGGCAGGAAAUAAAGGGAAACCAGUGGUGGUUCCUUAACCAGCAGUGUAAAAAUAGAUGCUGGUUAUGUUAACUUGUAGCCAGUAAACAGUAGCUGAUCAGUAAUAACUAUAACCUCAGAAGCAUUCACAUUUCACACCUCGUUUCAUUUCUAUGUAAAAAGGGAAAAAUGAUCAUACUGUGGGGUUUUGGUUUUCCAGACCACGGAGGAAAAAAGGAAGAGAAAAAGGGAAGUUUUGUGCUUAUUAUUUAUAAGAAACUAAAUGUUAUAUCACGUUUUAAGCCUGGUUCUCAAUGUACACACACACACACACACACACACACGCAGAAACAGUAGAUGAAGAACAUUUAGUAUAUUUCAUAAUGCUUCUGUUUUACAAGCCCAGAUCUGGCUAGAUAUUUAUUGGCUCAGUGUAAAACAUUUUGCAUACAUUUUAAGAUUUUGUUUAAGAUUUAUUAACACUUCGCUUUUUAUACAGAGAAUGACCGAAUUUUAAAACCAUUACCAAAUAUUAAAUAUAACAAAAGUGGAUUGUAAUGGAUUUUUUCUUUUUGGUCUACUUUGUACUUUAAAAUUCAUAUUCAGCAUAAACAUUUGUAACUGUACUCUAGUAGGGAAUAUGUUCUUAGAAUAAGGGAAAAAGUCAUUGCUUGGUUUAGAGAAAAUAUGUUUUCCACUGAGGAAUUGUUUUGACGCGUUUUUGAAGAUGGCGUGCAGCGACACACACCUGCGUGAACGUUCCGAGCAAGAUGUUUCCUCAAACGGUUUCCUAUUUUCUCUGCGCUUGAAUUUAAGGUGGAGUAAAUUACAGGCUUUUUUUUUUUUUUUUUAAGCUGUUUUUUAGCUCUGACAGCUCGUCUGCGAGGUCAUUACAGAGUGUUACGACAGCUCUGUGAUUUGGCCCUGUUUUAUUUCGACUGGUUAAAAAGGGAGCAUGAGAGCUGAGGAGGACUUUUCUCAUUUCUUUACAUGCUUUUCUGCUGAAUCUCUGUUUCCAUGGUAGCAUUUAGAAGCGUAGAGGGAUCUGUUAGCACUCAGCGCUGUGCUGCAAAGUCUGUGCGCUUGUGAAAGAGUAGUGUUUGGCGAGUAUACGAAAACGUUUAAAGUCAUUUUGUUCUCACAGAUCCUGUCUAACAUGAAUUCGCCGACAGUUAAGAGUCAUCUUAUGUUAUUUUUAAGCAUUAGAAGUUUUUUUUUUUUUUUUAAAUUGCAGUAAAUUUCAGGGUUUUAAUGUGUAUAACUGGUUAUGCCUGUAAAUACUGACCAGAAAGUUCAGUUACCUCUUUUCUGUCAUUUAUUUUAUUGUUAUUUUUAGUGUUCUAGUUAUGCAUUAUUAACUCUCCUAUUAUGUUGACACAUCUGAGAUGUUAAUCUCUCUUUUUCUCUCUGAACUUUUUGGACUUCCCUCAUUAGCCACUACAUGUGCUUAUAUAUGCAAGUAUUAUAUGCAAAUGUCGGACAAGGUUUACUGUUUGAAGCUGUUCUUUGCGUGUAUUUAAACUGUGGAAGUCAUUUUGACACGUAACAUAAUGGAGGUAACUUUUCGCCCACCAUAAUAGGAGGGUUAAAUAAGCCGUUUUUAAUGUUUACAGUCUUUGGCUUUCUGGGAGGUGAAAUGUAUGUAACUGCAGUUAAAAACAUUGACAAAAUAUCCCUCUUUUGAAACUGCAUAUGCCCCAUGAGUGUGCUUAAGGGGAAAAAAUGGCACAGUUGAGCAGUUUUGUUCCCGUGGUAGGCGGAGCUAAUUUCUCGUCAGGAAAUAAACAGUGAAUCUACUGCAUGACAAUAUUUGAAGUCAGUAUUUCUAUGAGUUCUAACACCUUUAAUAAACAUUACAAACGGCAGCUUUUAAUUAUUCUUUUGUUUUUAAAUCACAAUCACUUAUUUCCUAACCUUUUUUUUUUUUUUCCUUUUACAGUUAGGGGUUGUCUAAUUUGACAGCUACAGUCCUCAUACAAUUUCACUUGUUCAUUAUUGUUUUUAAUCCAUUUUCUUCCCUUCUUUCUGUGUUUAAGCUUGAUCAAUUUAAGUACUUUAUUUUAUUAACGGUUUUUUUUUUUUUUUGUGAUUUUAAGAAUGCUGACAGGUUUGCUCUGAACUUUAAACGAGGUGAAAAUGAAAGGACUGGGGUUCUCCUAGACCUCUACUAUAACAUGAGUAUGCUGAACUGUAUUUUUGUCCAGGGAAUGAAUUUGUACUUUCCAAUCACUAUGUAGACAAGAGCCAUGUUUGUGGAAAGAGAUUUACCCUUUAAGCUAUACAGCAACGACAACCUGAUGGACUUGUUUCUUUCCCUUGUGUGAGCUAAAUGAGCUGCAACACAAAUGUAUGCAUGUGAGAGUUGUCUGGACUUUAUUCCUGUCCAGACAACUCUUGCUCUGCCUCCUAGUGAAGUGUUGAGAACCAAGAAUGCCACAGAUGGUCAAAGAAUUUCUUUUUCAUUCUUGAAUGACUGUUAAUGAAACCAUUCAACUGAAAUCUUGGAAUAUGGGAGCCAGUUAUCCAUGACUGUGUAUAUAUGCAUAUUUGGAAGCCGUUUUCCUUUCCUCAGUUUAAAAGACCUGGCAUUUUUGUUAUUGCUGAAAUAAAAUGCAUUUUUUGUUAAAUAAAUUUCUUACCUGUUUUAUGAUGUGGGACCAAAUAGAAUGAAGGAAUUUGAUCAGAGGUAACCUUUUUUUAUUAUUUAUUUAUCUCCAGGAAAAAAACAACUCAAUACUGGUUUUAGAAAUGCUUAUUGCUUGAACGUGAACUCUCUAAAUCAGUAACACUGAGUAAAACACUUACAGAUAGAUACGUGAUAUACUGAAAAACAAUGUUUCCUUCCAUUAAAAAAAAAAUCCAAUCCACUAUAUAAAGACACGAUGUGAAAGAACAGCUAGUUUCUGUCUCACUAACAAAUCUAAAACACUUUUUGGUGCUGGUUAGUUUCUUUCUCUGUAAUACUUUACAUUUAUGUCUUACUCGCAAUUCACACUGUGUAGAUGGCUAAUCAAAUCCUCACAUGAACUGUAUGAUCAAUAGUACCAGCUGUAAGAAAGCAGUCUAGUUCUUUUCUUUCUUUCUUUUUUUUUUUGCAGUCUGGGACUAAAACUGUUGCCUGUAGUGGUGUUCAAAAAUAAAAGCAGUGCUCUAGGUAAACCACCAACACCUGCUCAGGUCUAAUAAAAACUGAAGUAGAUCAGGCAAAUCUGCCAAGGUAGAAACUGCUCUAAAAAGUAACUAAAGCUAACUAUGUUUUAGGAAGACGUUCUAUAAAACUGAUCACGUGACUCUAUUCAGUAGUUGCUGCAUGCUGGAUUUUCUAUUUGCUAACAUUAAUUGCACCCCAAAGGUUAAUAUAUUCAUAACU